AUGGGAUUCAACACCGUUUAUUUCGACAAGUACAAUCCAAGCUCCGAAAAGAGCACCAAUGCCCGACAGGAGCUCGCCCACCUAGACUACUCUCCGCUCAAGCGGGUAUCAGGGCGGUCAUGGGCAAUGGGAAUAUUGAUUUCCAUGGGUGGCAUGGUAUUUGGAUAUGACACUGGUCAAAUUUCCGGCUUUCUCGAGAUGCCCGACUUCUUGGAGCGCUUCGGCCAACGCCAUGGCAACGGCGAUCUUUACUUCAGCAAUACCCGGUCAGGCCUCAUAGUCGCUCUUCUCUCUAUCGGUACCCUCAUCGGUGCCCUAACCGCCGCGCCAAUUGCCGAUCGUUUUGGACGAAGACCUUCCAUUUCGUUUUGGUCUCUCAUCACUUCCAUUGGCUUCGUCAUUCAGAUAGCUGCAGACACUGCAUGGUAUCAAAUCAUGAUAGGCCGAUUUGUUUCUGGUCUGGGCAUUGGGGCUUUGAGCCUCUUGGUCCCCAUGUAUCAAGCCGAGACGGCGCCGGCUUGGAUCCGCGGCGCUCUGGUCUCCGCCUAUCAACUCUUCAUCACUUUCGGCAUUUUCCUCGCUGCUUGCUUUAAUUACGGCACUGUUACACACCAGAGGCACAGUUCCGCCUCUUGGCGUAUCGUCAUCGGGCUUGGUUGGCUGUGGACCUUCAUUCUUGGUGUUGGUAUUCUGUCAUUCCCUGAGACGCCCCGACACGACUGGCGCACAGGAAACUCAACAAGAGCGAAAGAGACUCUUUGUAGAGUUUAUGGAGCUCCUGAAAAUCACUAUGCCAUCUACGUCCAAGUUGAAGAGAUUGAGAGUAAGAUGCGGGAGGAUGGCCAAGUCAACGACAGCGGAAUCCGCGAGUUUAUCAACAUGUUCAAAGCCCCCAGAAUGACAUACCGAAUCGCUCUGGGCAUGGUUUUACAGAUGUUCCAGCAAUUGACGGGUGCUAAUUACUUUUUUUAUUAUGGCACAACGAUCUUUCAAUCUGUUGGCAUCAACUCGUUUGUGACGCAAGUCAUCCUCAAUGCCAUCAACUUCGGCACAACCUUUAUCGGCCUAUACAUUGUCGAGCAUUACGGCCGCCGCAAGUCACUUAUGGGUGGAUCUAUUUGGAUGUUCAUCUGCUUUAUGAUCUUUGCAUCUGUUGGUCAUUUCAGCCUGGACCGUGAAAAUCCAGAGAGCACCCAAGGUCCCGGGAUUGCCCUCAUUAUAUUUGCCGCCCUUUUCAUCCUCGGUUUCGCAACAACAUGGGGCCCGCAAGUAUGGACGCUAAUUUCAGAGCUGUAUCCUUCACGCUACCGUGCCAAGGCCAUGGCUCUUGCUACAGCCAGCAACUGGAUUUGGAACUUCUGCAUUGGUUUCUUCUCUCCAUUCAUUAGUCAAGCCAUUGAUUUCCGUUAUGGCUACGUCUUUGCCGCCUGUAAUAUCAUUGGAGGACUUAUCGUCUACUUCUUUGUUAUCGAAGGCCAGGGUCGCACGCUCGAGGACAUUGACACUAUGUAUGUGGCUCAUGUCAAUCCGCUGAAGAGUGAGAAGUGGACACCGCCCUUGAAUGAAGAGACGAUGAAGAUUCGUCGACAAGCUGGUGCCGAGACUGAGGCUGAUUCAAGUGUUGAUGGCGGCAAUGUCGGCGAUGCGACUCAAGCCUCCAAUCCUGUUGAGGCAGUCAAGGACAAUGGGGUGUUGCACAAAGAGAAUGUCUGA